AUGGAGUCGGAAAUUUUAAUCAACGGUCAGCUCGAUCUCGGCGACAUGGCGGAUUUCAUCGCAGGCGACGCCUGCGACUUCGGCGACUGCUUCUCCGACGACGAAUUCGACGUCGACGAAUUGGAGCGUCGCAUGUGGAAGGAUCGCCUGAAGCUGAAGCGAAUCAAGGACGGCCAGAGGGCUAAAGACGGCGAGAUAGCAACUCCGGCAGACGAGGCGCGAGAUGCGGCGGGAGACUCGGCGGCGGAUGCGCCGAAGGACGCGGCGGGCGAGGACGAGCAGAAGACGCGGCAGCGGCAGUCGCAGCAGGACCAGGCGCGGCGGAAAAAGAUGUCGCGCGCGCACGACGGUAUUCUUAAAUACAUGCUUAAAAUGAUGGAAGUAUGCAACGCGCAGGGCUUUGUGUACGGGAUUAUCCCAGAAAAGGGGAAGCCCGUUGGCGGAAGCUCCGACAAUCUGCGCGCGUGGUGGAAGGAUAAGGUGCGCUUCGACCGCAACGGCCCCGCGGCGAUUGCGCGCUACAACGCGGAGCAGGCCGCCGCGUCAUCCGCCGCCGCCGCCGCGGCUGCCGGGGGGGACGGCAGCGUGUUUCCAGGCGGGAUGGUCCCCGGCGCGGGCGGAAGCGGCGGGAGCGGAAUGGUUUCCUCCGCGCUCGCGACGCCGCAGACGCUGCAGGAGCUGCAGGAUACGACGCUGGGGUCGCUUCUCUCCGCGCUGAUGCAGCACUGCGACCCGCCGCAGCGGAGAUUUCCGCUCGAGAAGGGCGUUCCGCCGCCCUGGUGGCCGUCGGGGGAGGAGCACUGGUGGCCGCAGCUGGGGCUGACACGUGGCACCGGCCCGCCGCCGUACAAGAAACCGCACGAUUUGAAGAAGGCGUGGAAGGUGGGCGUGCUGACGUCAGUGAUCCGGCAUCUGUGUCCUGACGUGGCGCGCAUUCGGAAGCUGGUUCGUCAGAGCAAGUGCCUGCAGGAUAAGAUGACGGCGCGCGAGAGUGCCACGUGGAACGCCGUGCUGGACCAGGAGGAGGCGGAGAUUCUCAAAGCGCAAGGGCGGCUCGAAGACGCGGCGAAAUUCGACCCGUUCGCUGCCGGAUCGCCCGUAAGAGUUCCCGGCGCGGGUGCUUUCGAGCGCGACGGCGGAAUUGGCGGCGGGAUCCGCGGAGCGGACUUGACGGGCGUGGACACGAACGCGCUUCUGGCGGAGAUUCUGAGCGGAAAGAUGCGCGCCGGCGCAAUGGAAGCGGGGGAGGAUAAGCGGAGCUUCAAACUAUCCGCGGCUGGUAACGGGGCGGACUAUGACGAGUACGCGCCUGAAGCACCUGGCCGUCUGGCUGGCAGAGUCAAGACGGAGCAGGAAAUUCUGAAUCUCCCCGCUACAGUGUUCUCCGGUACAAGCAACCUCACCAGCGCUUCUGCCGCCGCUGCUGCUGCUGCUUCGCUUACGCAGGGUGCGGGGUCUUUGGCCCCUGAGCACCGGGUUUUUCUCUGCCCGUUCGACCGCUGCCCGAAGCACCAGUGGAGCAACGCCUUUGCUGACCGCAACGCCCGGAACCUCCACCAAGCCUCCUGCCCCUUCCGCCCGAAGCUCGCAGGUUCGGGAUCCCCUGCUCCUGCUGGCGCUGCUGGCGCCGCCGGUGUUAGCGGUGGUGGCAGCAGCAGCGCCAUGCGCAGAAGUGCGAGUGCCUCUUCUUUCCUUCUCUCUGGGAGCGCCACCGCCGCCGCCGCUGCCACUGCCGCCGCUGCUGGUGGUGGUUCGGCUGUAGCGGGUGGAGGCGGCAGCAGCAAGCCGUCUGGCAAGGACCCAGCCGCCUUCGCGUCCGCGGCUGCUACAGCCGCCGCCAUCAAGGCGAGCAUGCAGCAGGCCGGCAUGCAGCAGCACGGUCAACAAAGUCAAUCCAAGUCAAGGCUCUCCAACUCUUCCCGUGCCGCCCCCUCUCCCGCCACUGCUGCUGCUAAGCCUGCUGCUGCACAGCCAGUAUCCCACCCGAAUUUUCCUUUCCACCACCAGCAGCAGCAGCAGCAGCAGCAGCAGCAGUACCAGCAGCAGCAGCAGCAGCGCCAGCAGCAUCAAGCUCAGCUGUUGAGGCAAGGAAGCUACCCAGGUGAUUCCUUUCACCCGCCUCCUGCUAUUGGCCUGCCGACUGGAGCUGCCCCGGGCAGCGGGCAGUUUGGAGAAAUGUUUCCGGGGAUGAUGUUCGGGCAGCCCGGAGGCAUGAUGGGCAUGGCAGGAAUGGCACCACCAUCCAUGCAUCACCACCACAUGGCCCAUGCGGCCCAUGCCGCACAUGCAGCAGCGCAUGCGUCGGCCCAUCCGUUUGCCUUCCACAUGCCCCCCAUGGGCCACCCCUUCCCAGCUUAUAGCAGCAUGGCUGGUGGUAUUGCCAUUGGUCAACAGCAGCAACAGCAGGGAGAGGAGAUGAGACAGCAGCAGCAGCAGCAGCAGCAGCAGCAGCAGCAUCCUAGAGAGGAGUGUGGGAUGGGCGGGGGAGGUGCUGACGAGCUUGGUAUGUGGGAUGGUGGCAUGAUGGGGAGUUAUGGCGGGAGCAACGGCAGCAGUGGCGGCAGCGGUGGUGGCAGCAGUGGUGGUGCUGCUAUUGGUGCAGCUGGUGUUGACGGUCAUGAGGGUAUGUUUGGGAUGGGUGAUGCUGCCGCAGCAGCACUGGCAGGAGGGAUGGCCGGAGGUCUUACAGGGGGGGUUGCAGGAGGGUUGGCUGGAGGAUUAGGAGGGAUAGCAGGGCUAGCAGGUGCACAUGAUCCCAUGCGGCUGAUGGGUGCAAUGCAUGUGAUGGGCCUCUUAUGUCUGUGUCCGGGUGCAGUGCAUGUGAUGGGCCUCUCAUGUCUGUGUCCGGGUGCAGUGCAUGUGAUGGGCCUCUCAUGUCUGUGUCCGGGUGCAGUGCAUGUGAUGGGCCUCUCAUGUCUGUUUCCAGGUGCAAUGCAUGUGAUGGGCCUCUUAUGUCUGUGUCCGGGUGCAGUGCAUGUGAUGGGCCUCUCAUGUCUGUGUCCGGGUGCAGUGCAUGUGAUGGGCCUCUCAUGUCUGUGUCCGGGUGCAGUGCAUGUGAUGGGCCUCUCAUGUCUGUUUCCAGGUGCAGUGCAUGUGAUGGGCCUCUCAUGUCUGUGUCCGGGUGCAGUGCAUGUGAUGGGCCUCUCAUGUCUGUUUCCAGGUGCAGUGCAUGUGAUGGGCCUCUCAUGUCUGUGUCCGGGUGCAGUGCAUGUGAUGGGCCUCUCAUGUCUGUGUCCGGGUGCAGUGCAUGUGAUGGGCCUCUCAUGUCUGUGUCCGGGUGCAGUGCAUGUGAUGGGCCUCUCAUGUCUGUGUCCGGGUGCAGUGCAUGUGAUGGGCCUCUCAUGUCUGUGUCCGGGUGCAGUGCAUGUGAUGGGCCUCUCAUGUCUGUUUCCAGGUGCAGUGCAUGUGAUGGGCCUCUCAUGUCUGUUUGGCGUGUGA